UCGGGGUUUUUGUAACUUAUAAGCAACAGAGACGGGUCCCAUUGAUUUUAUCUAUUUAAUUGUACAUGGAAACUUUUUUUCUCUCUUGUGGGUAACGUUUUUUUUAUGAAAAUAGGAGACCAUCGUUUUGAAUCACAGUUAAUGAGCUACCGAAGUGAAAUAAAAUGCAGUGAAAAAUUUGGGAAUGAUCAAAUUGGAAACUUUUCUGGCACCAGUUUAAAAACAUCUUUGUGGGACCUCAACACUAACAGAAGGAAAUAAACAGUGCCAAAAUGGAUGGAAUUCCUUUGUAAUGCUCUUGGGUAAUUCCUGUUGUGAGUGGAUUCUAUUUGGAUGUUGAUGAAAUUCUUAUUGUGAUGCCGUAAGAGUGAUAUAGUAGGGAGUACCUUAUUGCAAGACCUAACUAAGAAUUCAAGAUGGCUAUGGACUCAGUGAAAGACACCAUCACCAAACCCAAAGCCCUGCGCACGGAACCGGAACUUCGACUGCUGGUGGAUUUCUUCCGGAAGAAGAGUCCUUUGAUGCAGAACCUGGAUACAAAUAUCCUGAUGGACAUUGGUAGAAACUGCUCCUACCACAGGUCAACACGGGACGACAUCAUCAUCAAACAGGGCGAAAAAGGAGACGCUUUGAAAGAAGAGGACGAAUUCAAUCGAAUGCGAGUAGACGAUUAUGGGGACAUACCGGAAGAUGACUGGGAUUCUACUGAAAUCGAGUUUAGCUUCUACAUAAUCCUCAACGGGAGCGUAUCGGUGUACAUAGACCCCAGAAUGACAGGCGAGGAGGAGGGCGGCCACUGGACCCCUCUACGUCAGCACAAAACCCCCUCCCCGGCCCCAUCCUCGUUCUCGGGAACCCCGGAACCGGGUCAACCCGACCAACCACGUGUUAAGAGUGCGCAUGCGCUAGAGCCAUUAGCGGAAGAGGAAGAGGAUGAGGACGGUGAGGAAGGAAAGGAGAAAGGAACGAUGAGAAAACCGGCGCCAAAGAAACUGGCAGUGCUGGAUAGGUCUAAAUUUGGAAAAUUCAUCGUCAGUUAUGGUCCCGGAAAAUCGUUUGGCGAAGUUGCCCUUGUAAAAAGAGAAUCCUUUCGGAACGCCUCUAUCAUCGCUGAUGAAGACCUAGAUCUGUUGGUGAUUGGACAAGACCUCUUUGAUAGGUCUUUAAAGUUGGAUACAGAGAAGGAGUUUGCGGAGAUAAGCGACUUCAUCGAUUCCCAUCCGUUCUUCUCGCACAUGCCCACUAAGCUGAAGAAGCUCCUUGAGAUGAGUCUGAGGAGGGAGACGUUCAUCUUUGACACAGUGCUGAUAAAGCAAGGGGAACCAGUCCAAGGACUCCAUUUUAUACUCAAAGGUCAGGCUAAUGUCAUCGUGGAACCCCACAAGCAUCAGAAACAGUACCCACAUCUGUGGCCGUUUGAGGCCGGCAUCGACAUCUACGCCGUGGAGUUUGAACAUCUCAGGGAAGCAAGACGUCAAGCAAUACUCAGAAAAUACGAGGACCCGGCGGUAUGGGAGACCAAGUCCGAGGAACUCGUCAUUAGGCGGACCGAGGGUUACGCGGCGGUGGAGAAGUAUAUGAAGGAGCGACACGUGGACUUGUGUUCGAUUCAGGACCGCGAGGUUCUUGGCGACAUCGAGAUUUUGAACAACUUGAGCACCUACAUGCAUACAGUCAAGUGUACGGCUAACACGGAAGUGUUUAUUCUAGAUACCAAAAACUAUGACCGAAUUGUCGGAAAGAAGAACACGGCCACGCUGGAUAUCAUGCGAGAAUACGUGAAAGCAAAGCUUGAAACUCGGAUGAAUAUGAAACAGGGACAUUUGGUGCCUUUCCUUCAAUUUCUCCACUUUAAAAUGACGGAGGAGUCUUUACCUCAGUCGAAACCUCUUCCACCUUUGAAAAUGUCCAAAACUCUUCCAGAUAGGGACACCAUGUUGCAACAGUUGCUACAGUGGUUCAAGGACGGGAAGUCAACCAUUGUAGAACCGUACACAGCAGGGGCUGUAUUCUAUAAAGAGCUCAUGAAGGAAAAGGCAGCAGCUCGAAAAGAUAACCCACCUGUCGCAAAGACAAGCGUGGCCCUGACACUUCGAGCGAAUCGACGGAAUCAACCGGUUCGGAAGCCCAGAAGCUUGUUGGAAAUCCGUGAAUCUUUGCGGCAGAUGAUGGAAGCCGAGAUUAUUGACUUCGAAAACGAGAAUUCAAAGAAACAAAUCGGUUCGAGGAAGAAGGGAAAAGUCCGGGGGAAGAAGCCUCGAAAAAGAAACCCUUCCGAAACUCAGUCGAAUUUCGAAGGUAGCAGAAGCAAGGCAGCCUCGCUUCAAUCGUUAGCUUCGCUUCCAAAUUACCUCGAUAAUGACGCAAGUGAUACGUCACUGUUGAAAAUCCUCGCAAACCACAACAAGCCAGCCAGUGUCACUGAUAGUAAUCCAAAGAAUGGACAAAAAUCCUCAGAGAAUACGCCUCGAGAUGAAACGAAAUCCGUGAAACCGGUUCUGAUUACGGAAGUUCCCCGCAAAGACCAGCGGGUGGAUCUACCCAACAUACGAGAGGAACGAACGCAGGAGGAAAUCCUUCUUAAAAAAGAAAACCACGGAGGAAGUGCCAAAAACGAAGUAGUAUUUGAAACCCAAAAAUCGGACAUGGCAGCAAGAACGCAAUUCCAAGUUCCGAAUGCAGCACAGCAAUCAAAAGAACUUCAAGUUACAAGCCUCGAAAAUGUACCGACUCUUAUCGGUGCAGAAGACGAGAAAGAACUAAAUUUACCCGCAAUACCCGGGGCGGACUCGUUCUCGAAACAGAAAAAGCCAAGCGGGAACUGGCAAACGGCAAUGAAAUUUGUCAACGAGAAUAUCCACAAAAGACUGAUGGAUAAAAAGGACCCAGAGCACGAUAUGCUUCCACAUUAUGACGAUUACGAAUCCAAUGAUAAAAAUCUGUCUUUCCUGGAAAACAGGAUCAUGGCGUUCCAUGUGAAAUAUGGCGGAAAAUCUAAAAUGCACAUGAAGUUACCCAAACUGGCACGAUAUGUCGUAGACGACAACGAUAUAAAUGCUCCGAAACCUGGAGGUAAAGUUUGGAUCCGACGGCGCAUGUGCAGAUUUGCCGACGAUAAGAUCCAGGUCAAAGAUCACAAACACGUGCGUCACCAUAUUGUUGACGAUAUUCCAGAGUUUGACACCACUGUGCAGAAACAGAAACGUGUCAUGCAGGCUUUCUUGGGAUAAAACAUCGGAAAGUGCUAUCAUAUCAAGACUUAUAGCACAUAAACAUUUUUUUAUUGUAAUUCAAUUAUAAUUUUUUACAAAAGUUGAAAAAUGAAUUAAAAUACGAAAGAAAAUCUAUGGGUUUUUUUUCA